AUACAUAUGCUUACAUAAGCUAAUAUAAGCGCACUAACAUAUGUAUAUCAAAUUCCAUGAAAAUCCCAGAUGCAAAAAAGCUAAAAAAAAAAAGAAAGAAAACAUCUGCUUUAACGAACUUCUCGCACUAAAAUAUGUUGUUUUUUUAGAACUUUCGCCACGUCCAAAAUUGACCCUUUGUCAUCAUCAAAGAUCACAAACAACCAAAUCUCUCUCCUUUACAAAACCCCCCUUAAUUCAUCUCUCCUCCAAGAUAUUACAUCCCCAUUUUUUUUCCAACACUUGAAGAAAAUAAUUAGCCAAAAAGAAGAAAAAAAAAAUGGCGACCACUUCACAAAUCCAAUCCGACGACCGAGCAAGAGCCAUGUGGCGGCGGUGCCUCGGCUCGGCCUUCCGUACCUCCCUGGCAUGCACCAUAGUGGGCCUAGCCACCCUCUUCGGCCCGAAGGCCUUCAACCGCCAGGUGGCGUUCCCGGCCUUUUCGUACGUGACGGUGGUUCUCAUAGUCACGGACGCGACUCUAGGGGACACCCUGCGCGGUUGCUGGAUGGCGGUGUAUGCCACCGUGCAGGGCGUCUGCCCGGCCAUCCUCAGCCUGUGGCUGAUCGGGCCGGAGCGUCUGACCGCCACCACCACGUCCGUGGUGGUGGCGAUCAGCGGCUUCGUGGUGGCUCUGCCGGAGAACACCCACUUGAUAUCGAAGCGCAUCGCGCUCGGGCAGAUUGUGAUCGUGUACGUUAUCGCUUUUAUCAACGGGGCGGAGACGGAGCCCAUUAUGCACCCGAUUCGUGUCGCGGCGAGCACCGCACUUGGGGUGGCGGCUUGUGUUUUGGCCUUGUUGUUGCCUUAUCCUAGCUUGGCCUUUUGUGAGGUGAGAGAAAAUUGCAAAUUGUACAUAGAAAAUGCAUCAGAAAGACUAAAGCUAUUUGUGAAGGCCUUCUCAGCAGAAGACAAGUCAUCACCCAAGGCCUUAAUCUCACAAGCCAAGUCUUUGAACAAAACAGGAAAUAAACUUCUCCACAGCAUUAAAUCGAAACAAGAAAGCAUGAAGUGGGAAAUAAUACCGACGAGGUUUUUCAAAUCACACGACGAGAAUCCAGGGGAAACGUUACAAGGGCUCGAAACAAUCUUGAGAGGAAUGGAGAACGGUCUCGAAAACUGCUCCGAGUUUCAAGUCGGGCUACUGAAUUCCGAGCUCAAAAAAGAUUUAAUUGGUUUAGAGGAGCAAAUAUUGAACCAAGUCAAAAGCAUGUCGCCGAAAAACUCGAACGAAGAAGCAGAAUUAAAGGGCAAUAAUAACAAGUUCCUCCAAACACUUCACGCGAACACGAUAAUCCCGUCGAUUAGCUUCAAAGAUUUGCCUUCUUUGUUCUUCAUUUUCUGCCUCAAACUCCUCCAAACAAAAUCGUCACAAGCACCGAAUAAUAUUAACUCCCCGAAAAAGAAAGAAUCAUGGAGUAAUUACAACCCGAUCACCAUUAACAAAAAAAGACUAAUGCCCGCUCUAAAAUGCGCGCUUUCGUUAGGGUUUGCGGUCUUUUUCGGAUCGAUAUAUAGCAAGGAAGACGGGUUCUGGUCCGGCCUGCCGGUAGCGAUAAGCCUGGCGGCAUCGAGGGAGGCAACGUUCAAAGUGGCGAACAUCAAAGCACAAGGCACGGUUAUCGGAACUGUGUACGGAGUAAUAGGCUGCUUCGUUUUCGAGAAAUACGUCAAAAUCAGAAUCGUUUCUCUCUUCCCGUGGUUUAUUUUCUGCAGCUUCUUGCGGCAGAGCAAAAUGUACGGCCAGGCUGGCGGAGUUUCCGCGGUGAUCGGUGCGGUGCUGAUUUUGGGGAGGAAGAAUUUCGGCACGCCGAGCGAUUUCGCUAUCGCCAGGAUCGUGGAAACGUUCAUCGGGUUAACUUGUUCGAUUAUGGUGGAUAUUCUCUUGCAGCCUACGAGGGCUUCGGUUUUGGCGAAAGUCCAGCUCACGAAGAGCCUCAAGGCGUUGCACGAUUCUGUCGGCUUCGUCGAUCUCAGCUUCUCGAAUAAAUUCAGCUUCGAAGAAACGACGAAGAAGCUGAAAUUCGAAGUGAGCGAGCUCGGGAAAUUCAUCGAGGAAGCUGACGUGGAGCCCAACUUCUGGUUCUUGCCUUUCCAUAGUGGUGGAUAUAGUAAGUUAAAGGCGUCGCUUUCGAAGACGGUGGAUCUAUUGCUUUUCGGGAGCUGCGCGCUUAAAUUCCUCGAAAACGAGUCGAAAGCAAUCGACGGCGGGGUAUGGAAAGUGGCCGCAGCGAAAAUGGAGAGCGAUCUCAACAUGCUCAAAGACGCGGUUUGCUCGGGGAUCAAGUGCUUCGAGGAGGUUAGUUUGGUAAAUUCGAUCGCGGCAAUCGAGAAGGAGUACGGGAAGCGGAAAAGCGCGGUCGAUCUCGAGAUGGGGAAAUCGGGGAGGCGGUACGCGAUGCAGUGGACGGAAGCGAGCGACGACGAGAUCAAGAAGAGCGUCGAUUCGUUUCUCGAGAAUUUGGAUGGGCUUGUUGGGUGUAUAGGGGAAGACUAUCUGCUGAAGAAUCAGGUGAUAUUGAGUUUGAGUUCGGUUGUUUUCUGCAUGCAUGGGAUUUUGAAAGAGACGAGAGAGAUUGAGAAGGCGGUUAAAGAAGUUGUGCAGUGGGAGAAUCCUUCUUGCAGAGUUGAUUUGCGUGACAUUUCGUGUAAGCUACGCGCUUUGGAGAAGAGUGCGGCUGUUUGAGUUUCAAGUAUUUUGGGAAUUUGAUCGUUUUCUUUAUUUUUCAAUUAUUGUAAAUCUCAACAAUAAUUUUUA